AUGAGCUACCCCUUGUCACGGAAAUGCGAUUCCCAAGGGCAGCCUCCGUUGCGGCACUCUCGUCACCAUCCAGGGCAACUCCAGCUUCGCCUGGAGGCACUGGGGUUCGAGAACAUGCGCGCCUCGUUUGAGUCGGCUGAGGAGCUCGACGGCUAUGAGGACCUCACGCCUGAGGACCAGGAGAGGGUGAGGAAGGCAUUCGAGGAGGGUCACGUUGCCGACGAGGACAUCCCCGAGACGGCGCGCAAGCCGGUCGAGCUCGACGAGGAGGGCAACCCCAUCGAUACGCCGAAGAAGAAGAAGAGCACGCGCGCUCCCAAGAAGAAGAAGGCUACCGAGGAGGACGACGAGGAAGAGGAGGAGGAGAAGCCGAAGAAGGCGAAGGCCGCUCCGAAGAAGAGGGCUGCCAAGAAGAAGAAGGAUGAGAGCGAGGAGGAGGAAGAGGCCGCUGAGACCGAGGAGGAGGAGGAGCAGAAGCCGAAGAAGGCCGUCAAGAAGACUGCCAAGCGCAAGGCCAAGGCGCAGGAGGAGGAUGACGAGGACGAGGAAGAGGAGGAGAAGCCGAAGAAGAAGACCGCCGCCAAGAAGAAGGCCGCCCCGAAGCGCGCCGCGAAGAAGGCAAAGAAGGCCGAGUCGGAGGAGGAGGAGGACGAGGAGUAA